AAAGCUCUUUACUGGGAAAGUCAUCCGGCUCUGAAACCGGCACGGGCGCUUCGUCAGCGGCGCACGGCAGCCAAUGAAAACGCAGCGACGGUCGAGAGCGCAGUUCUGCGAAACGCCAAGCACCCGAUGAUGAGGCCGCGGGCGCAAAGAUGUAGCGCUUUUCUUGGAAUAAGAUUCCUAGAACGCGCGCCAACUCAUAAAACAGCCACACGUGCUGCAAAGGCGUUUCUUAUUGCUCUUCUUACAUGAAAAUAACAAUACACCAAGCCAAACGACCUAUUACUCUUGUUUGAGUACUACUACUAAGCUCUUUUUUUUUUGUUGUUGUUGUUUUGCGUAAUUUUCGAUUUGACAGAGAAGGCUCGAUCGGCAUCAGAGAUUACUAUUGUAAAAUGUUUAGAUGAUGACCAGAUUCCCUCACUUUGUGGACGUUUUGUCGCCAUUAUUAGCACUGCUGGAACAAUGUCAGCAGCUUCGGCACUUUACAGGAUUCGCGUAAAUUUCACAGUCUUUCCAAACUGUCAUCGCACAUUCUGCUGCCUCUCGGUGACCUACAGAAGGUGACGAUUUUAUGCCCACAAAGAAGGCUCUCAUGCCAGAGCCACCUUCAGGAAUGGUCGCUAGCCAUACAAGUGCCCAAAAUCAGAGGGAUGAGUCAGAGGUUCAACAAAUUAAGCGGUCCCAAGCAGCUCCCUUCUCAUGGACCCCGGCUGAGGACUUGCAUUUCAUCACCACCACCUUUCAGCACCUACAUACUUCAGGAUGGUACUGGGGUGGUAUGACAGCCAGUGAGGCAAGGGAUGCCCUAAUCGGAGCAUCAGAAGGGACUUUCCUUGUCCGUGACAGCAGCCAUCCUCUCUACCUCUUCACCCUGUCCGUACAGACGUGGAGAGGCCCCACUAAUGUUCGCAUCGAAUACGACAGCGGCCGAUUCCGUCUCGAUUCCAGUUUUCCAGCCCGAUCUAGCCUGCUGUCCUUUUCUGCUCUUCCUAGUCUCAUGCAGCACUAUACAUCCAUGAGUCAAGAGGAGGAGAGGAUAGCAGAAGAACAUCACAUGGUGUCAAAGGACAAUGGCAUCUUGCUGAAGCUCAGGAAGCCUCUGUACAGGCCUCAGGCCUUUCCAACAUUACAGCACCUCACACGCCUCGCUAUAAACAGCCAUACAGAUUGCCAUACACAGCUGCCGCUGCCACGGCCGCUGAUGCUGUACUUGCACGAAUACCCCUUUCAGGUGUGAGGACACUUGGGGGGAUGUUGGUGCAUUUCAGGGGUUUCGUUUUUGCAAAGUCACAAGUGAUUUAGCCAAAAUGUGAAAAUAUUGCUCCCUGGCAGAAUCAUGGGUACUUUUAUUUUGGUCAUAUGUCAGAGAAGGUGUGCAAAUAAGCAAGGACUAUUUUGUGUACUUUUUUUUUUUUUUAAUAUUUGUAAAUACUUCUCAUUUUAGUAUAUUUCUAUAUUUUUCUGUGCUUCUAAGAAUGGAGCUUCAACUCUGCAUACUACCAUCACCAGAACAAUGAAAAAAUAAAAUAUCAAAAGUACACAUAAAUAAUACCGUAUUCUGACUGUAACACUGGUGUAAUUUCCUUAGAAAGCAAUUUAUUUAGAAACACAGUCUGCAAUUAUUGCAACUCUCUGUUUAUAGAGAUUAUUUUAGAAAAUAGCUGACAAUGACAAUUUUAUUUGUAAUUUAGCUGAUAAAUGAAAUAGAUUUCAGUUAGAAAUCUGUCAGAAACCGUCAUAGAUGCCCUGGCAGAAUGAGUCCAUGACCUUGUAAUCAGACUUUAACUAACAUGAAAGACAUUUUAACAGACAGCAUCAUCAUUCCAGGAAAAGUUAAAGGUGCUGUAUGUAAGUUUUUGACUCCACUAAAGCAUAAAAAUACCAUAAUAUGUUUGCAGAUAUUUAAGAAACAUGCUAAGUUAACAUACUUUUUUUAAAUCUGAAAAACAAUGCUACAGGCAUUGCGUUCCGGGCCGGAAUGUCGGUCUCUGUUUUGGUUUGUGAAACCAGCCCACUGCCAGUUUACCCAAUUGUAUUUCGGCACCCCGGGUUGCCAGUUGGCGGGAACUACAGCCUAUUUCAUGUCAUUCAUGGUCAUGUACGCUCGUUCCGGUUGGCUUCAUCAAUCUGGCAACCUGUGUGCGUCAAGGUCAAGUCUGAGGAGGAGGGUCCAGGUGAAAAAAAACC